GUUAGUAUGCUCACAGUGCCAACAAUGAAUUGACUUUAUCUUAAAAGAUAAUUGUCUACAAGGAAUUGAGUGGCAUAUACAAAUAAGAUAAACUACGAACAAACCAUUAACGAACCCAAAAACCAAUGGCGAAUACAGUUGCAGAGCUCAUAUUCAUCCCUGCCCCUGGGGUUGGUCAUAUCAUGUCAACUGUUGAAAUCGCAAAAGUACUUGUGAACCGAGAUCAACGAUUCUCCAUUACCGUCCUUAUCAUUAAGCCUCCUAGUUCAAGUUCUGGCUCCGCUAUUGACAACUACAUCCAAUCUUUAACCAAGAAUCCUAUGAGUCGCAUAUCGUAUAUUGAACUUCCUCAAAACGAAAGCCCACUAGUCACUGAUUCGAAAACUAGCUUCAAUUUCUUCGGUGAAUUCAUCAAGAGUCACUGUAAAUUUGUAAGAAACGUUAUGGCUGACAUGAUAACUCAACCGGGUUUUGGCCGGCUAGCUGGCUUUGUCGUGGACAUGUUUUGCACCAGCAUGAUAGAUGUGGCUAAUGAGUUCAAUGUUCCAACCUAUGUUUUCUUUACUUCUAAUGCCGCUUUUCUUGGAUUUAAAUUUUAUAUCCAGUUACUCUGCGAUGAUCAGAACCAGGAUGUUGUUGAGCUGAGCAACUCUGAUACCGAGGUAUCGGUUCCAAGUUUUGCAAAGCCAGUGCCAACAAAAGUUUUUUGGGAACUUGUCCUGACUAGAGAAGGAAUGGAUUUUGUUCUGUCAACUGUUCGAAAUCUAAGAAAGGUCAAGGCAAUCAUGGUGAAUACAUUUUUGGAGCUGGAAACACACGCAAUGAAGUCCUUGUCUGAUGACAUCAGUAUCCCGCCGGUGUACCCAGUAGGACCUAUACUUAACCUAGAAGGUGGUGCUGGAAAACCAUUUAAAGAUGACAUCAUAAGGUGGUUGGACAGUCAACCACCUUCCUCGGUGGUAUUCUUGUGUUUUGGGAGUAUGGGAUCUUUUGAUGAGGUACAAGUGAAGGAGAUAGCGCGUGCUUUAGAACGGAGUGGCUGCCGUUUCUUGUGGUCCCUACGUCGACCUCCGUUGGAUGAAGCAUCAAAAAUCCCUGGUGAUUAUGAGGACCCAGGCAUGGUGUUGCCGGAAGGAUUUCUGGAGCGAACAGAGGGAAUGGGAAAAGUAAUCGGGUGGGCCCCACAGGUUGCGGUGCUGGAUCACCAUGCGGUAGGAGGGUUUGUGUCCCACUGUGGGUGGAACUCAUUGCUGGAGAGUUUGUGGUUCGGUGUACCAGUGGCAACUUUGCCAAUGUAUGCUGAGCAACAGAUGAAUGCUUUUGAAAUGGUGGUGGAACUAGGAUUGUCAGUGAAGAUAAAGCUCGAUUAUAGGAAGGAUCUAUACAAUCCUAAGGCUGUUACAGUCAUUGUCACCGCCGAUGAGAUAGAAAGCGGGAUAAGAGAGGUGAUGGAGGAUAACAAGGUAAGAGCGAAAGUGAAAGAGAUAAGUGGGAAGAGUAGAGCAGCAGUGGUGAAGGAUGGUUCGUCCUAUGCAUCAGUUGGUUGUAUUAUUCAAGAAUUUAUCAAUAACAUCUCCUGAAUUCGACUUCCUGUUAUCUAUUUGACGUCUAAAGUUGAAAUCUUGUUUAAGUGUUUCCAUAGAAGUGGAUAGACCAAACCCGUAGUCUAACUUGACGACUCGCGCAUGUGCCAUCCGACAUCAAAGCAACCAAGCAUGUUAGAUUGCGUCUUCUACCAUUUAAAAAGUAGCGUCAUUAUUGUAGAGGGGUUUGAUAUACAUCUCAAUCUUUUAUUAAUCAACUGAUUCAUGUUAUUAGA